AUGCCGCUAGUAAAGCGCACCAUCGAGCCCAGGCACCUGUGCCACACGGCGCUGCCGAGGAAUAUUAAGAACGAGCUGGAAUGCGUCACCAACAUCUCCUUGGCUAGCGUCAUACGACAGCUCAGCAGCCUAAGCAAAUAUGCAGAAGACCUGUUCGGAGAGCUGUUCAAUGAGGCGCACACCUUCUCCUUCCGGGUUAACUCACUGCAGGAGCGCGUGGACCGCCUCUCCAUCAGCGUUACGCAACUGGAUCCCAAAGAGGAAGAAUUGUCCCUGCAGGACAUCACAAUGAGAAAGGCUUUCAGAAGUUCCACCAUCCAGGACCAGCAGCUGUUCGAUCGCGAAUCUCUACCGGUUCCGAUGCAGGAGACCUACCAAGCCUGCGAACAGCCGCCGCCUCUCAAUAUCCUCACGCCUUACAGGGACGACGGAAAGGAAGGCCUCAAAUUCUACACCAACCCUUCCUACUUUUUCGACCUAUGGCGAGAGAAAAUGCUCCAAGACACCGAAGACAAGCGGAAAGAACGCCGGAAACAGAAGCUGAAGGGCAUCGACCGCCCGGCGGAGCCCGACAAGGUGCCACGGGCACCCCACGACCGCAAAAAAGAGUGGCAGAAGCUAGCACUGGGUGCCGAGUUGGCGCAGGAUACGGUCGACAACAAACACCGAGAGGCCAACGGCUCCGUUGGCUACCCUGACAACAGGGCUCAGCUGUACAUGGAACACUUGGACGGGCCAUUCUCGCUGGCGGCACUGCCGUACACGCAGAUGAACGAGUUGCUGAGCCGCGGCGGUGAUAGAAUGUACUCGCGGCCCAACGAAGCGCCACCACCUCCGCCCGCCGCGCACCCGCUGGGGGAGAUCAAGCCGCCUUCAGUCAUCAGUUCCAGUUCGGGUUUUUCCGACAGCAGACCUCAGUCUCCGGCACGGACAGCGGGCGUAAACUCCAACGCCCAUCCUCCGGCGCCUCCCCCUCUCCCCCCGCCGCCCCCGCCUCUCCCUUCCUCCGGGUUACGCGGCACACCUCCGCCACCCAUCCCCCCGCUACCGAUUCACCAGCAACCCCCGGCCAUCCCUCCUCCCCCGGCACCUCUCCAGAUCGCCCCAGGGGUGCUCCACCCUGCUCCCCCGCCGGUGGCACCCCCGCUCCACUCUUCCUCCCCAGCCCGGGGCUACUCGGCCCUGCCGGACGGCACCGCCCUGCCUCCUCCGCCGGUGCCGCCUCCGCUCCCCUUGCCCGGAAUGCGGAGCUCUUCGCCCUGUCCAUCGGGACCGCCGCCGGUUCCGGCCUUCCCUUCCGCGGGGGCAAUGGCCACCCCGCCGCCACACUCCAACAUGCACGACUUGGGAAGCAAGCGGCACCAUCCAGCCAAUCUGCCGCCCAUCAGCGACGCCCGCAGUGUCCUGUUGGAGGCCAUCCGGAAGGGCAUCCAGCUACGAAAAGUGGAAGAGCAGCGAGAGCAGGAAGCGAAGCACGAGCGCGUGGGUAACGACGUGGCCACCAUCCUAUCCCGACGAAUCGCCGUCGAGUACUCCGAUUCGGAGGACGAAUCCGAGUUCGACGAAGGCGACUGGAUGGAGUGA